AGGUUGGGAAUCAGGAAUAAUGUAAAGAACAACUUUGAGCCACGCUUUACUUGAUGGACGUUCUUCAAGAAACCAAUUUUGCUGUGCUGGCCCCACACCUGGAACAGGUCCACCGAGGAGAUGACAAAGAAUCACAUGAGGAAGGAAGUCAGCUGAAGGCAUACAGCACAGUUACCCCACCUCAAGAUAUCAAUCCAACAGGAAGCCAAGAGUGUGGGAGAACUUCUCUGAACCAAUCCCCACCCCUUCUCAUCGCAAAGACCCCCGAGCCCAACGAUGACUCCUCCCCCCAUGCCGUCUCCCUCACCUCCCACACCGCCGAGGCGGUGAGUCCAUGGUCACCGUCAGAGGACUGUGGUGAGAAGGCAAACUUCGCCAGGAUGGAGUCGGGCAGUGUGUCUGCUCUGACCGGGGACUGCCUCCUGCAGCAGAGCCGCGCCUGCCUCGGCUGCUUCAUAGAGACGAAGGACACCGAGGUAGACCAGACCGAGCCUGGUCUGGGCCUCAGCCAGGACUACGACGCCUGCCCUGUUGCUGACAUCGCCAUGCAGUGCAUGAGCUCCGGGGACGGACUCCGAUAUGGGGACCAGCUGCUCUCCGACCAGCUGCUAAGCUACCCGGCGCACAAAUCGGAGGUGUCCGAGAAGAUGGACGAGGAUAAGUCUGCUGCAGACAGUGACUCGGAGGACCCCGCCACAAAGAGCAUCUACGAGGGCCUUCUUCUGGACAAGUGCAAUGGGGACGAGGCUCUGCUGGCAAACUCCAACCAGGACUGGGGUUGCUUCGAGUCCUUCAUCAGCGAAAGCAAAAUCGAGCUGCUCGACCUCUGCUCCAAGAACGACCUUUCCGUCAACCUGUUCUCGGAGGAAGACGUCGACAACUACAUGUUCGACGACGAGGACGAGGACUCCACCCUGGGCAGCGACGUGUGCUCUCUGAAGAUCCGCUACGAGUCAUUCCAGGACAACGUCCGGGAGAAGACCAACGCCAUCCAGGAGGAGACCCAGUUCAGUUUUUUCCCCAGCGUGGUGGCGAAAAAAGAGGGGGAGUUUGUCAGGAGGGGAGCCGAGGGGCCCCACGUUAAGGGGGAGGUCAAGGUCUGGCCAGCGGGUGAGAAGGAGGACAAGACUAUGUGCAGCUCUGCUGAGGAAACACCGAAUGUCAGUCCCGAAAGUAGCUACCUGUUUGACCUGAAUAACUCCACGGAGGACUCUGGCGAGUACAGCGACGACAGUUCAUGCACGGGCUCCUCCCUCGACACCUGUCCGACCAAAAAAAAGCACCGCUUCCUCUCCAGAGAGAACUCCAGCUCCUCCAGUCACCUGAGCUACGGGCUGCGGUCCAAGAGAAAGGUCCGGUACAGCGAGGACUACUUGUACGACGUGGACUCCAUCGAGAACGAGAAGACCGAGAAGAGCUCGGAAAAGCGGGACAAGCCGCCGACGGGCCUGAAAAAAGAGAAGGACGACGACUGGUGUCCGAAGAAACGGAGAAAAUCCUCCCGAAAAGAGCCCCCCGUCAUAAUCAAAUACAUCAUCAUCAACAGAUUCAAAGGGGAGAAGAACAUGUUGGUGAAGCUCGGGAAAAUAGACACGUCGGAGACAACAGUGAGCUUAAGUAAGGAUUUAGUUCAUAAGUACCAGAAACUGGCCCCUCUAAAAGCCUACUGGGAGAAAAGGCAGCAGGAGAUACGGCAGCGCAGGCUGGCUGCCGGCGAUAAACACAAACGCCUGAACGGCUGCAGGCGUUCCCUCAAUUCCUGCCCGUCGAAACGAAAAUACAGGAUCGCAAACAGGGUUCGGAUUCAAAGGAUCCAUGCUGUAGAGCCCUUGCCAAGUCCCAGCCAUCACAAGCGAGAAGGGUGUGCAAAGGAUGAGCCUGUCAGUGCAGAUAGUGUGACGAUAACCACGACAACCGCCGACUGCGCGGCUAGAUUAGACCGAGGCGGCUUCACAGAAAAAAGCCGAUCACAAGAGAGGGAGAGGAUAAGAGGGGGGAACAAGAACGGCAAAAUAAGGAAAUUCAAAAGUGAGGCUCGACUACUGUGUAUGAAAAUGAAAGGCGUUCAACGUGAGACCGAUGAAAUUGCGAUAAACCUACAAGAGGUUGGGCCAGCAUUCCCACAACAAAGCCUUGAUGUUGAUCACAGCGUGGGCAGCCCCCAGCUUUGUGAUGGUUGCCCUGUGAACCCCCCCGAAAAAUCUUCACCUUCAUCUUGUUGCCCCUCUGGCACACUGAGACAGCCUGUGAAUACCUCUUUACCGGUUAUCCCUGGAGGCUACCUCCAGACCUUACUAGAUGCAUCGGAUUCAUCAAGCAACAAUGGGGUCUCCUAUUACCCCCAGCACCAUUCCAGACAGUUUCCUCACGAAAUGUCCCAGGAAGAGAAUCAAUUCAGCAACCUGCGGCCUUCCCAAACCUGCGUCCUCUCCCCUCCCUCUGAUUCGGAGCUCCAACAGUCGCCCUCAGAUCAGAUGGAGCCAAACUUCUCCCACACGUGGCAGCCUAGAGCUGAAGAGCUGUCAUUUACACCUGGCUCUGCUAUGAUAGGCGCCGGAUACUCUAGCUCCAUGCCUUUAACAGUGACAAACGACAUGCCGGGGUCAGGGUACAGUCAAGUAAACAUGGACGACAACAGGCUUCUGUAUGACAAGUCAUAUCUGUCCGAGAAGCCUCCAGAGGAGGAGUCGGACAUCCUCCCAGGUCAGGUCUCGUCCGAAGACGGCAACGAGCAGCUCUGUAGAGUCACCAUCAACACAGACAAUGGGAGGCUGGUCAGCUAUGACUCUGUGGGCUCGCUCUCAGCCUCUUCCAGUAAUUACAGCUCCCUAAGUCUGAAACCUUGUGAGAAAGAUGGCGAGGACGGGAGCGAGAACUUCUUGGAGCACUGCAGCCCAAAACUGGUUAUCCAGCAGAGCACUGAGGAAAUAACUCCCCUCAGGGAGUCCACGGACCUGCUGGACAUCUCCAACUUCACUCCCGAUAAAUUUCGACAUUCUUCCGUGUCGGAGAUGUCCCCACCGGACACGCCCAGUCUGUCCCCACAGGUGAUGGGUCCGGAGAUGAGAGAGUGUCAGGGGAAAGUCCGGGAAGGGACUCUCUCCGCUACACCCGGGGGGAAGUGGGACUGCCACGUCUCGCAGCCACAAAAUCACGAAGACCGAGCGAUAAACAAUCAACAGUUCCAGUUCCACGCUUUCGCUUGCGAGGACGACACAGGGUUGAUCGAUAAAGCCGCCGGGGGCGGGGCGGACGGUUACGACGGAGCCCGAUCUAUUGAUAGAGGCGCGAAAGGUCCAAAAUCGAAGAGGAAAACAAACAACAAACAGACCCUUGGUCAGGGCUCCGCAGACGAACAGAAGAAAGCCAAGCCUCCGAGGGCUGCCAAGACGCCGAAGAACAAAACGCCUCGACAGAAUGCUCGCGCGUCCAAAAAGAUAAAGUCCCUGCUUGAUGCCAAGGCAGCUCAAGGACCAAAUCAGUCAAUGCUGGAUUUAGAUGGUGGAGGCCUUGCUGGAAUGACAGAUGACUGGCCUUUGCUGGGGGAUCAUGGUGGGCGCUGGGCAGAUGGCAGCACCCCCAAUCCUGGGAACGAUGACCAGCGAGAGUUUGAGGAGCCUUCUAAUAUUCUGUCCAACAUCGUCUCUGGAAUGGCGGAGGUCCAGAGGUUCAUGAAGGUCUCCAUCGAGCCGCUGUGGGACCCCAUGUCUGGCCUCUGUCAGCCUCAGGAGGCCAACAGCCUUAAAACUAAGACCCUAAAGAUUUUGGCGGGAACCGCACCAGACGUCAGGAAAAAAGCUGGUUAUGCUGCAUCUACCGGGACGGGGCGGGGGCGGAAGGCCACGGGGAGGGGGGCUAAAAGCCAAGCCAAGUUCCUCCCCUCCAACCCUUUCUUUUCCCCUCUCACUCUGGACAGCAACAUGUUCAACAAGUCCACCCUAACCCUACCUGGCAUAUGUGGGCCCGCGCACAAGAAAAUGUACCGACACAAAACCAGCGCAAAAUUUGCUCGGGAUGAGAACAACACUGUUAAGAAGGACUCAACCAAGAACGUAGCGUUGGCCUCUUAUGAGAAACGGAGGUAAUAUAUUUUAUAGUGGCUGCCGAACACAGUUACACAAUUUCCUCACCUUUUUCUUUCUUUCUUCUUUCUUUUUUUUGUUGCCAGGAUCCCCCUUACUCACCUGCAAGUUUUGCAUGGCAAAGGCACUUACCUUGUACUCCACCUCCUUCUUUAAACCCCUCAAGUUGUGCCGAAGUAGCUGACGUGCAUGUGAAAUUGUUUGUUCUACCUUGAAAACUACCUAGCAUAUUCUGUGAUCUCCAGAUUGACUUGGAUUUCAAACUUGCUGUGGCUGCAUUUUUCUUUUCUGACAAUGCUGCUUUGUGUUCUUUGAUUUCAGUUGUAUUUCAGUUGUCCAAGAAGGUUUGACUAAUGUAUAAUCUAUGAUAAGAAAUAUGCCUUGAAACUGUUUGUAUGAUGAUUUGUUUUUGUUUUUUAAUUCUCCUUUUCAGCGGUGCUGCUUUCUUCAUCCUAUCAGUCUCUGUAGUCUGUCUGUGGCUUUGUACAGCACUCACAGUACUCAUCCUUAGCGUAUAGAAAAUGGUUGCCUUCUGUUGUACAAUAGAGAGGGGAAGACUGAUAGAAACAAUCGCAUAUCCAUUCCAUUUAUCAGUGUUCUACUGGUGUCGGAGAACCUGUUCUCCCUGUUCUGCUGAGAACAAGUCGUUUCAUAUGAAAAGGGACAUUUUUGUAUGUAUUAUCUCUACAACUGUCUGAAUUUUCUUAUUGUGGAAAUGGCAUAUUUUUGCCAUUUUAAUGGGAGGGUAGUGGAGGGAGUACCCCUGUAAUUAUUUUAUAAAACUUGGAUGGCAUUGAAUAAUUUUGAUGUAUUCCAGUACAUUGCUCUCUGAAUUGUAAUUUGUCAAUGCUAUUGUACAGAGACAUAUGCAGAAUAUGAUAAUAAUGAUAAUUGAAAUGUAUGUGCCAAACAAUGAGCUGUACAGACAUUUUAUCUAUAUGGAUAUUUGCUGUUUCAAUUUCUUUUUUUGUUAUGGUUUGGGAUGGAGGUUCUGAACAGCCCGCAUUCCAGAGGGAUUCAUUCAUUACACCAAGACCCUGCAGCUCACAGUGAUACAUCAUCUACAAUAAAGUGUCUUUUUUAUACAGUCCUUAAAAAUGAUUAUUAAAGUCACCUAACUCUAAAACCUGCUGACGCACUGGCAAGACAGAGCCUCAAUUAAGUGAUUACUUUGUUCAAAUGUGUUGUGUUGGUAACAUUACUGUACUGAGAAGUCUUGUUAACUUUACUGAAAUAUUGUUGUUGUUUUUUUGCUAUGAAUAGAUAUUGGUCUUAUUUAAAUUUGCACUACUCAAGUUAAGGACCUAUUCUCAAAAUUGAAUCCAGUUUUAUUUAUAUAUAGAUCAACAACAAAAAAAAGUGUAAUGAUAAUAUCCAGUGAGAUCAGGACAGGAGAAGGCAGCUAUUGAGAUGCUGACAACAUGGGGGGGGGGGAAGUUGACAGACUUAGGUGUUCUCUGCCCAUUAAAAUGUACUGUACUACUACUGAAUGAAAUGAGGGUUCGAUGUAGCACUGUUGAGCUGCCACAGGGCUGGUGAAGCUACUUCAAUUCCAUGCAAUACUGAAAAGGACAAAAGGAUGUGCUGUGUGCCCUAUUUAUGAAUGUAUUAGAUACUUUUAUCAUGUUGUAUGUAGUUCUGCCAUUAUUGAUUAUUAUUACGUUUUGCCUUUUUGUUAAAAAAGAAUAAUGAGCUUUAUGAAUAAAGUAAGUUGUUGCCAGAGGAAUUCCAAAAGAACUCAAACAUUCUCAAAAAUCUUGUAUAUUUUUCAGUGUUGCAAUUUGUACAAUAUUUUCUAAGUGUAUAUUUUUCUUAGAAAGUGCUGUGAAGUAUUUGUGUGUAUUCCCUUUUUAGCCUAUGUAGGCAGUGAAAGGGAUGUAUUAUGACUUGACUGGUUUUAAAAACCAAAAUAUCAAACUUAAUAGGAACCAGAAAAAGAAGACUGGAUGACAAGAGAAGAUAUACUGGAUUAAACUGUAACAUUUUGUUUGGGAGUUUUGUAGUCAGACCGAUCUUGUUGUGAGAGUUUAGUGUAGUGUAAAAAAACAAAACAAAGUAUGACAAAAUAUAAAGAAAAAUAUUUGUGAUCCAUUGCUGUUUUAUAGAUUUUCAUGUAAAUUAACUAUAUUAUUUUGUUUUGUUGUAACAGUUGCAAGGGUUUAAAUAUUUGUGAAAAAGCCUGUAUGGUGAUUAUGUACUAUUGGUAAUUUGCGAGUUUUGUAAUAUUGUUUAUGGAAUAAAUAUGAAAAGGAAAAAGA